AUGGCACAGCCUCCUUCGUAUCACCCAUAUAACAAUUUGCAGAACUGCAACAACUCAAUCAAAGAGUCCAUUGAACUACUACGAAACUCAAAUCAAAAGUUGAAGGAUGCUACCACUGAUAGUGCACGCUUGAAACAUAUAUUGUCAACAAAGAAGAUAUUUGGUUUGGUACCCGAGCUAGAUUUGGAUGAUGCAAAACAGAGCUACUCUGAGACCAUUACCCCACAAGUCAAUAAAAGGUUUGUUAAACUCAAAGAGGAAACGAACAGGUUGGAAUUGAGACUGAAGGAGUUGGCUCAAGAACUUAAUUUGGCAAGGGAGAAGCUCAAAAGUUAUCGCAGUGGACGCGAGGCAUGGGAACUAAAUGUAGAGGAGCUUCUGCAGGAUUCAAGGUACGAUAGACAAAAACUCAAGCGGUUGAAGGAUUUGCAAAACAUGAGAUCAAGAUUGCAAUUUAAUGUUAAUUUGAUGCAGACGUAA